AUGAAUCGCUCAGCAUCGUCUCCGCCGAUGUCGCCGCCACCGUCGGCGAUGCGCACCAUCACUGUCGCACUGUGCGCCAGCUCCAAGAAGCAUCAGCAGUCCUUCGAUGCGCUACGAGAGGCAGGGAAGCUCCACAAUGAGCGCCUUCUCCAGAUGCAGCAGCACUCGGCGGCGAGACAAGCGGGUUGGUUCGACGUUAGCGGCGAGGCACCUGAAGCGAGCACAGCUGCGCAGCAAGAAGGCUGUGCCAGUGGUAACCAUGGCAUGAACUCGCAUUGCAGGAGCCGUAGGACCAGUCGCGCGACCUCCGAAGUCCUGGCGCUCCCUCUCCGGAGUCGCAGUACAACCGAGUGCUUUCUGCCUUGCUCCCCCCUGAGCAACUGCCUCUUCCGCUUUUUCAACUUGAACUACGAUGCCCAGCGACAUCGCAUGGUCCUGUGCAUCGACGGCGACAUCAAAAAAACGCACCAGUCCUCCGCCGCCGCCUUCGCGAAGGAAGACAGUAAGGCCGAUGCAGAGCAGAGCCCCGGCCUAGACGAGGACGAGCCUUCUCAAACCGCGCUCAUGGACGAGGUGGAUGUGGUGCUGCACAAGGUGGCCACGUUUGGCACCCCGGUUGCCAUUCGCGCGCUUCAUCAGUGGUACAAGGGUGCGAAGAGGCGGCGAAGUCGCCAGCGCAGGGCACCCCUCAUGGUGAUUGACCCCCUCGAAAAGGUUCAGCUGCUCAUGACGCGCAGUAUGCUGUGCAAGCUACUGAACAACGCGGGCGAUGACGGGCAACCCAUCGCGCUGAUACCGCGCACGUUCAUGUGGGACUGCCCGUCCAAUGCGGCCUGUGGCCAUGCCGGGCGCACGAACGGGUCCAGCGCAGCCACCCCGCUCGGCAUCCACUCUUUCACGUCCAUGGAGGAGCAGGAGGCGCGCGCGAACGGGACGGCGGCGGAACACUGGUGGAUCGCGAAGCCGGACGAGAGUACCGGCCCCGUUUUCACUCAUCACCUGGUGAUGUGGCUCACGCGCGACGCGGAUGUCUCGGUACCGGCAGCGGUGAAGGCCGCCCUCCCGACAGAGGCCUGCCGCUUCAUUCUGCAGGAGCUGUACGUGUACGCGCUCCCAGUGGUGCUGAAGGUGUACUGUGUCGGCUCACACAUCAGCGUGAAGGUGAACCCCACCGUGAGCCUGCUAAAUUACCUGUGGGAGCACACACGCGGGUCGACGGUGGCGGAUGUGCCAGUGACGUUAGACUCACAGGACAAGGCGUUCUUCUCGGCCGUGGGCAGCGUCUCCACCUCCAGGUCGCAGCCUACGUUGUCUGCCAUGACCAGUAGCACCGACGACGGUGUACAGCCCGUCACAUCACCAGCGAUGAACCCCACCACAGUGGUUGGUGUCCCUCCGUCACCUACGGAACCGCCGCGGGGUACGUCGAGCGAAAGUGCCAGCGUGGAACAGCCGCUUAUUGCGUGGGAGUCGAUGGUUGUGCCGGCGGACAACUGGAACGCGUUCUUGGCCCCGGGCACUCCCGCCUACACCGCCAUCAGCAAGCUGGCGCAGGACCUCUCUGGGGACGCCGGCAUUGGCCUCUCCCUGUACGGUUUCGACCUAGUGCUCGUGCCGCAGUAUCUAGCACACGCGUACCAGCGCAAGGGCGCACGCGGCAUCGGGCGCACUGAAGGCGCAACCGUACGGUACGAGGGGGUAGCGCCCUCGCUGUCGAAGGUGGCCCACCGCAGCACCGACACCGCAGAGCCGGCGCAGCGGCUCCCUGGUAGCCAUAACAUGCGCAAGCUACCGGGUGCCGGUGCCUCAGUGCCGCCAACUCCGGCGUCGCAGCUGUUUCGCGCCAGCGACAUGUUUGACCCCGCCUCCGGCGCGCCCACGCCGCUCCUGUUGGACAGCAUCCCAGUUGUCAUUGAUGUGAACUACUUCCCUGGUUACAAGGGAGUUGCCGAAGUGAAUCAGCACAUCCUGGAGCUGAUCGCGCUCAAGAGCAUGCACUUGCAAGAUGGCUCAUCUAACCGGGCGUGGCACGCCGACACGGCGACUGGGGCAGGUGCGAAGAAACGGCGGUGCUCGGUGAUGUAA